CGCCGGAGCCCGGGUCGCGCAGCCAUGGCCAGCCCGGAGCCCGGCGGGGACGGCACCACCCAGGCCCCGAGGGAAACAAGAGCAGAGGCCAGUUCUCUUCAAGAGGAAAACUCUGGGUCCUUGAGUAAGGCUACAACCUUGAACCCGGAAGCUACUCUAUCUUUGGAGGGGUCCAUGAGCCUAGAAGACAUUCUCUAUCUGGGAGGGGACUUAGAAGACACUCUUUACGUGGAAGAGACUGAGAAGCCAGAGGAGCUCCUGUUUAUUGAGGAGUCAGGGCAGACUGAGGAGGCACUGGACUUGGAAGAGCCCGUGAGUCCCCAUGAGACAUUGCACGUGGAGCCAGAUGAGGGACAAUGUGGGGGGGAGCCUGUGGAGCCAGCUGAGAGCCCAAGCCCAAAGCAGAUUAUUUGCGAAGGACAGAUGGUCACAAGGGAGGAGAAAUCUAAGCCUAAAGAAAGUCUCGGAGCUGAGCCAAGUCCCAGCACAGAGGAGAGCCUGAGCGCAGAGGACCUGGAACGGCUGGAGGGCCGUUUCCAGCAGUGUGUGCAAGCCGUGGCCCAGCUAGAAGAGGAGCGGGACCAGCUCAUCCAUGAGCUUGUGCUGCUCCGGGAACCAGCCCUGCAGGAGGUGCAGCAAGUCCACCAGGACAUCCUGGCCGCCUACAAACUGCAUGCCCAGGCAGAGCUGGAGAGGGAUGGGCUAAGGGAGGAAAUCCGGCUGGUCAAGCAGAAGCUCUUUAAAGUGACCAAGGAAUGUGUGGCCUAUCAGUACCAGCUGGAGUGUCGCCAACAUGACGUGGCUCAGUUUGCAGAAUUUCGGGAGGAACUGACUACCAAGGCAGCCCAGCUCUCAGGAGAGCUGUCCCAACUCCAGGAUGACUAUCAGAAGCAAAAGGAACAGUUGAGGCAACAACUGGAAGCACCCUCAAGCCAGAGGGAUGGGCACUUUCUCCAGGAGAGCCGGCGGUUGUCUACCCAGUUUGAAAGUCUCCUGGCAGAGAGCCGCCAGGGCCUGGAAGAGGAGUAUGAACCACAGUUGCUGAGGCUCCUGGAGAGGAAAGAAGCAGGGACCAAGGCUCUACAGAAAACCCAGGCAGAGAUCCAAGAGAUGAAGGAGGCUCUGAGGCCCUUGCAAGCAGAGGCUGGGCAGCUCCACCUGCAAAACAGGAACCUCGAAAAUCAGAUCACACUUGUGAGGCAGAAACGAGAUGAAGAGGUCCAGCAGUACAGGGAACAGCUGGAGGAAAUGGAAGAGCGGCAAAGGCAAUUAAGAAGUGGAGUACAACUCCAGCAACAGAAGAACAAAGAGAUGGAGCAACUAAGGAUCAGUCUUGCUGAAGAACUCUCAACUUAUAAGGCUAUGCUACCCAAAAGCCUGGAAGAGGCUGAUGUUCCCACUUCUCAGGCAGGCGGAACCCAGACACAGUCCCAAGGGGCUGUUUAGAAAUGUGUGGAUAAAUCUGUAACCUAGAAACAACUUCUUAGCAAAGGAUCACUAAGUACCUGGGACAUAUUUUCCCCUGAAACAGACAAGAAAGUCAGAACUUGGAGAACAAUUCACUCUGUGAAAUUUGCAAAUACUGACUUGACCUGCUUCAACAAUUUCUAGUGCUGGUUAGAAGCAGAACACCAUUCAACUUUUAUCUGGAUUCCACCUCUCAGGCUGCUGGUACUGCUAUCAACAAACUGAGGAAUGAAAAUAUAAGACUCUAUUUUCUGGCAGCACCUUUACUUUCACACUGAGUAAUGGACAAAUGUAUGGACAUACCUUUGCAAGAUUAUGAAGAAUGUAUGUUGCCUUAUGUUGACCCAAACCACAGGAAUAUUUAUUUUGGGGGACAAAGCUGGGGUGAAAAGACAGCCAAUUUCCAAAUUGUAAGGGUUUACAACUUAAAUUCUUUUGUGCCAUAAUAAGUAUCAGGUUUGCAAUGGAUCUUCUUUCAAAGUUUACUUUUCCUGAAAGUCUAUGAAGAUUCAGUUUACUCUUACAAUUGUGUGGAGCUAUGGCUUAAGUGGUAUAUUGCCAGCAAGCAGUGAGAGUACAGGCUUGGUUCUGAAUUCAAGCUCCAGUACCAGCAAAAACAAACUAAAACCUGGAGUUAAUUUUCACCUACAUCCUAAAACUAGAUUUGAAGAAAAGGAACAAUUUACACUUGAACUUAAUGGCUUAAGACUAUUAAGUUUUUUUCCAAAGAUCUUAGGUUUAUUUUUUAGGCCCAUGAUCUACUCAGAGGAAACAAAACUGUAUUGCUAAGGACCUAGCAUUUUAUGGCACUUGGUGAUAAACAUUAAUACUUUAAGUACAAGUCAUGGUUAAAUACUCAAACCUUUUCCAAAUUUAAAAUGUGCCUUAAAUUCUACCACUCUGCCUUUGACAUUCUUCAAAGCCUGUACAAUACCUAAGGACUUAAAAAAGAUGUCAUUUUAUCAGACUAGUCCAUUCACUUCUAGUUCAGUGUUUGUCUUUUAUUUCUACUGUAAAAACUCUUUUCUAUAGGUUUGGGUGUAUUAUAUUUGAUCCUUUUCUACAAAGACCAUUGAAAACAACUUGUCAUCAGAAUACUCUUUCUUCUAAAAGCCAGAGACUGUUGUUUGAUGAAUGUUAUAUGAUAAAUAAAACCCAUUAUAGCAUAGGGUUAUGUAGAAAAGCAAUUUAUUCCAUUAUAAGCACUUACACAGUUAGUCAUGGAGAUUAACAGGCCUGCUGGUGAAACGGGUCACCCAAAAUGGAGAUGGUAUCAAACUAGUGAUCAAGGACUAACUCCUAAAAAAAAAAAA